UGGCUGAGCUGUGCUGGUGUAGCCGAUCAACACUUCGUAACUUCUCUUGAGUCAAAACCAACUUGGGAUCAAGUUCGAAUAAACUUCCAGAGAAUCAACUUCCAUUUAGAAAGCAGACUCCAUGCAGCAUCAAAUGGAAAGUCGCAGCUUCGUUUGGAAGUGAGCGUUUGCGUUCACCUUUUUUUUCUUUUUUUUCCCCUUUGACCUAAGAAUACAUCGGAGAGAGAAGCAGAGGUAUUUUUAGUGCAUUUGACUCCUUCAAACACGUGUGCCCAUGUUGAUCAGGAUGACCAUUCAAUCAGCCUUAUUGCCUAUCUUGGUCUUAGGACUGGUGUCUAGUUUGGUGCGCUGCGCUCCCUUUCCUAACCGGCAGAACGGCACCCUGGAGCGCCACUGGGAGACCCUUUUCUCUCGCUCCUUGGCUCGAAUCCCCGGGGAAAGACGGGAGAUCAAUCGGGACAGUGACUACCUUAUGGGCAUCAAAAGGCUGCGGCGUCUUUACUGCAACGUGGGCAUCGGGUUUCAUAUUCAAGUCUUGCCCGAUGGAAAGAUAACUGGAGUGCACAACGAAAAUCGAUAUAGUCUCCUUGAAAUUUCCCCUGUGGAAAGAGGUGUUGUGACACUCUUUGGCGUUCGAAGUGGUCUAUUUGUGGCCAUGAAUAGCAAAGGGAAGCUGUAUGGAUCUAGUCAUUUCAACGACGAGUGCAAGUUUAAGGAACAGCUCCUUGCUAAUAACUACAAUGCUUAUGAGUCCGGAGCAUAUCCAGGAAUGUAUAUAGCACUGAGCAAAAACGGCAAAACAAAAAAAGGAAACCGGGUUUCUCCAAUAAUGACAGUAACACAUUUUUUGCCCAGAAUCUGAGUGAUCCAGCGUGAUUGGAUUGGGGGCACAAAACGAUGCACUUUUAAAUGGUAACGUUUUAUGCAAGAGUAGGUGUAUCAUAUUUUAUUUAAGUAUGUAUAUAUUGUGGGAAAAAUAUUUAUAAUUCUCAUGAAUUUUAUAUAUUUCUGAGAAACACCUUCAAAUCACGGGACAAACAAAAAUAAAACUACUGGUUUAUUUAACGUUUUUAUUUAUUUUCACUGGUGUGCUGCUAUAAUGUGUUUGGAUAAGUGAAAUUCCUUUAUUUACAAUGAGUUUUCUUUUGCACUGUUUAUAAAUGCGAUUGUAAAGUGACAGUAUAGAAGUUUUUUUUUUCUUUUUGAAAGAAAGGCGUCUUAAGUCUUAGGCCUUAGUCGUAACUUGUGAAAAUGUAUCAAUCCUGAUAGUGUGGCAAGCUGAAGCAAUCGUACAAUGUCUGACCUCCUUUGUGCAGUGUUGGUAUUUAAUUGAAACAGUAUCGGUUUACUUCUGGUACAGAAAGUGCAGUGUUGAAGUCCUACCCCACAAAUCUGUUUUUAGCUCCGCUAGGGCUGAACUUUGAACUUUUCUGCAGUCAAUCUUUGUCAGAUCUAUAAGGCAUCGGAUAGUGAGGCAUCUUUUCACCAUUAUGUAAGCUGAGAGUUUUAAAGUUACAACGCAGAUAAAAAAUGAGCAAAUUUGCACAGUAAGUGUUCAAUUAAUGUGUUAUAACCUAAAUUUAGUUUUUCCCUCCAGAUUUUUCGUGUUUCAAUCCCCUGUCUGCAGCAAUGAAGAAGGAUAAACGGUGCUGAAGGAUAAAGGCCUUUAUCAGUUUUGGUUAUUGCUUGUGUGUAGCGAGCGUCAGUAUUAUUUUAGACGAAGCUUCAGAAAUAAAACUAAUGAAAGAAAAAUCAAAGUUGCAAGAAACAAACGAAUUCCCACCGAGAAUAUCAAAUACACGUCUCCGCGCAGUAUUUUGGAGGAGAAACACGCUGCUUUUUUCCAUUCCCGUUUUUUUUUUGCUUUUUGUUCUACCUCAUAACACUCGCAAACAAUGUCUCCUUACAAAUACUGCUUGAGAGGAAGUUAUAACACGCAUCUACCAUACACUGUUCAGUUAAUUUCUUCUAAAUAACAGAUCUUUAUACACUGUCCUUCUAUAUGCAGCCAAAAGUAUCCAGGCGUCCAUUGCGUCCUAGUUGAGCCUUGUCACGUUUGAGCUAUCUUUACCCUGUGAUUUACUUUUAGUAAGGAUAAUCAUGGUGAAAAUAUUUGCAGACAGCUGUUAGACUGCACUAUAUGGUCAUCCAGUAACCCUAUAUUUUUUUCUUUAUAUAUUUUGCAAAUAUAACUCAUGGUAGCCAGAGAAAAAACAGACAAGUUACUUUACGGUUUGAACUCGGAAAAUUGGAGAAAAAAAAAAGCUCUCUGGGAUAUGCUAGUCACCAUCUGUUCCAGGAACGAAGACAAGAGAAUGAAAACACUGGCACUGCUAUGAAGUAAGCCAAUAUAUGUUAGCAUGUUGGAAUCACUACCGUUAACCCUUCCAAAAUACAGGGACUUUGAAGUACAUAUUUAACAUUCCUUUUACCCACUGUUCUCAGCUGCACAAACUGUAACUCUGUAAUAAGUGCUGAAAAUACACAGUAUAUCAUCAGCAAACAGCGCAUGCAUCAGGACCAGACUUCUACUUCUUUAUCUGUGUUUGCAAUUAGCAGCAUAAUAAGUGUGAGGUGCAUUGUUCUCAGUAAUUAUUCAAUGUUUUGUACUGUUAUUGCUUUCAUUUUUGUAUUGCAAGUUCAUGUAUCCUUCCCACCUGAAUGCAUAAAGUAACAGUUUAAAUAUGAAAACAUACUGCAGGUAAAAUGAUAAAGAUCAAGUGUAAAUUGAAAGUUAUUAUAUCCAGUGGCUGUUCACUUCUUUAAACUUUAUUUCCACUGUAGCAGCCAUUGCUUACAAAAGGCAAUAUCUUCCUAUUUCAGAUUAACCAGUAUGUAGAGGCAAAUUCCAAGCCAUCAUUUGACUUUUAUGCAACUAAAACAAUAAUAAUUUAAUGAUUAAAUCAGUUAACAUUUUUGCCUAUUUACUUAAUAAGGAAAUAUUACCUCCAUUAUAAAGCGAAAAAGACAAAAUUGUUGUACAUUAAAAUGGGAAAGUGUCCAAGACCUAGAAAUAGUUUAGCUUUUAGUUGCAAGGUCUAUAACUUCAUUGAUUAUGUGAGUGAAGUAAAUAGACCUCACUAAUUUUCUAGCAUUGCUCAUGCAUAUUUUUGGUAACAAAACCCUCUUUUAAAGUCAUACAGUCUUUGUUUAUGCAUUCAGGUGCAGGCUUCAUAGCAAUAGGAGAUAGUAGAAAGACUGAAUACUGUGUUCAUGUGGUAUGUAUUUAAUGUGUAUACAUUUACCAAAAUUUGUCUGUAGUUUUAUACAGGUCUGUUUAAUAUUGUGGUGUAUGUGCUGUGCACAUUUUAAAAAUAACUCAGAAGUAA